AUGGGAGGCGCUUUCGCUGCAUACGCCAUGACUCAGGCGCUCAUUCUUCCCGGGAGCUCUGCUUUUAUCAAAAUACCACCGUACGCGAACAACCGCACGACCAGUACGUACUCGAAUGGAGCAAGCUGCGUUGCCAGUCGCCGCCACUGUCGGUUUUUGGGAGCCGGCUCAGGCCGGAGCCGCGCCUUGACUGCGUUUCUGGUGAAGCAGCAGUGCUGUCGCUGCGUCGACAGUUUGCGGCGCGCACAGACAGCUAAGCGCUCACCUGGUGUCGCUGCGAUCCGUCUCGCGACCGAGUCCCCGGAACAGGACCCUGUUCUUGACUGGCUCCGCAAAGAGCUCAACGACGAGCAGUUUGCAGCCGCGACGGCGCCCGUUGACGCUCCAGUUUUGGUGAUGGCUGGCCCCGGAUCAGGCAAGACGCGGGUUCUCACUUACCGAAUGGUGUACCUCAUCAUCAAAGAACUCUUCAGGGCAAGGCACUUAUUGGCGGUUACGUUCACGAACAAGGCUGCUGAUGAGAUGCGAGCACGCGUGAUCGACCUACUAAAGUCGCGACAAGGCACCGAAGUGGAAUCCUCGCACAGCGUUCCCACUGUUGGUACGAUUCAUUCGGCCUGUUCGCGCAUCUUGCAUCGGUUUGGCGCAGUCAUGGGCAUUAGCUCCAAGUUUAACAUCUAUUCCGAGUCGGAUGCUAAGCGGCUGCUGCACAGGAUCCUCGAAGAAAAUGGCGAAACGAUGAUUGACCCGAAGAAGAUUGCGUUGUUCGCCGCGCUUCUCUCCGAGAUGAAGCAGGAACAAUUUUGCGCGGAGUUUGGUUACGAGCCGUCGCCCUCUAGGUCGCCGGCCUAUGAUGCUCGUGGCAUCACUGCAUACAUGGUGGAACGCGCCAAAACCCUCCUUCCGGUGUACCAGUCGGAGCUGCGACGGCUUGGGGCACUCGACUUUGAUGAUUUGAUCCUGGAGGCGGGACGCCUGCUUCGGAAUCACCCGGCCAUUCGUCUGGAGCUCCAGAAGCAAUGGCAAUACAUCAUGGUAGAUGAGACUCAGGACACCAGCCAAGCUCAGUAUCAUGUAAUUCGAUUACUGGCUGAAAGAAAACGUGAAACAGAGAAGUAUUUCCCGUUGUUUCUUGUGGGUGAUCCCGACCAAAGUAUCUAUGGAUGGCGCGGGGCGGACAUGCACGCUGUUCGGCGUUUUCGGGAUUCGCUACCGGAAACCCGUGUCUACCUAUUAGAGAACAAUUACCGCUCGACGAAAGCAAUUGGAGAUCUAGCACAAUACGUCAUACAACAGGAUCGUGAACGGAUACAUCCAGAGAAACGCAUGCGUACGCAGCUAGAGGGCGAACAUCCCGUUCGCUUGGUCUUUUGUAGGAACAGCAAGUCGGAAGCUGAAUUCGUGGUCAAGCAAAUUCGAGAACUCGUCGCACGCCACAAGCUCUCUGGUCGAGAUAUCGCCAUCAUGUACCGAACAAACGUUCAAAGCCGUACGCUCGAGGAAGCCUGCAUACAUGCCGGUGUGCCGUACGUCUUGGUUGGCGGUCUGCCCUUCUACGAGCGGCGCGAGGUCGCAGACAUGCUGGCCUGUUUGAAGCUGCUCCUCCACGAGGGCGAUACAGCAAGCUUUGAACGGGUAUUGAGCUUUGCGGUCUCCGGCAUUGGCAAACGAACGACCGCCGCAUUGUACGAAUGGGCGAAACACCUGAACUGCACACCGAUCGCGGCACUUCGGGCGCUCAGCAAUGUCGAUGCGGAUACACCAAUCGUUUCCAAAGCGAUACCGAGCGUACCGCGCUCGCUGCCCGUGCAUGAAACCCCAGCGGUGGACGAAAACGCCUCCAACGGAACCCGGGGUGCAGCUGAACUCGAGACUACCCCGACUUUGACCGAUGAACAGGUGGCCAUGCUGGGUGUCACUUCGCGGAAACGCAAAAUCUUGCUCAAGUUUUUGGAGAUGUAUGAGCGGUGGAAGAGAUUACUGCGAACACCUGUGGCCGAGAUGAGCCGCAGGUAUUAUGUGCUUCCACUCAUGAUUAAGACAAUUUUCGCAGACACGCAAUACGAGGAAUACGUCCGCAAGCAAGCGCUCCACGGACCCGCUGUCAAUGAGGAGACCAGCGCUCUUCGCGUCCAGGAGCGUCUAGAGAACGUCGUUGAACUCGCACGAGCCGCCUCCACAGCCGAGGAGCUCUGCCUGAAGAGGGGUGCUCAAACGGCCGGCGACGUUCUCGUGACCUUUCUGCAUGAGGUUGCACUUGUGCAUGGCGCUAACCGCGACGAGAACACCCCGAAAGAUGCAUUCGGCUGUGUGAAUCUCAUGACGCUGCACGCGAGCAAAGGUCUUGAAUUCGAAGCAGUUUUCAUCGUUGGUAUGACGGAAAGUCUUCUGCCACACAAGCUGUGUCGUACCCGAGAGUCACAGAUCGCGGAGGAAAGGCGGCUGGCAUAUGUCGGCUUGACUCGCGCCAAGCGCCACCUGACAAUCACCUGGUACCCAAAUGGCUCCGAAUGGCUCUCCCGGUUCCUCCUGGAUGCACCUGACGAACUCGUCAGUCGACACUGCGCCCGGGAUCUGAUGAAAGGUCGCCUGGACCCCAUUCCACGUGAAGAAUAUACGCUGCGGUGCAAGCAAGCACACGCGGGCAGCAAGGAGCCGGUACGCAUCGGUGACAUAGACGUACUGGGAGAAGUGAAGGCCAGGAGCAGGGCGGCGGAAUCGAAACGAGCACGUGUCCAGGCAAACGCGGACUCCAAACUAGCCGCUGGGGUUUUUGUAAGGCAUUCAAAAUAUGGCAAAGGUAUUGUUGUCAAGAAACUAGACGGUACACCGCUCGUUGUCGUGCGAUUCUUCGAGCAGCGCGGGACAAAGGCUGUUCCUGGAAACUUCUUGGAGCGGCUCUGA